AUGAGGGUGGCUUGUGAUUUGGAUAUUUUUCGUCGCCGAAAUUUCUCUACACACCAACGCGCUGCCGGCGCGUGGGCAGGGGUGGUGAAGUUACAUUUUGUCCCGAUGAGAUCCUUAGGUUGUCACGAGUGCGUAGGAUUUCACAGAUCUCAAUUCGGACGUCAUUUGACUAUCGAACGGAUUUCGCAUAUUAUGCGUUAUCCGAGUUUGAUAGGUUCUGACCGUUGGAUCGUUUCCAAAUUGAAGUAUGUUGUUCUAGGGUUCGUGUCUCAAAAUCGGUGCUCUGGUCGAUCAUACGCAGCAGGCAGGACCCUCUCAGGGCCGGGCAACUUGGGAUUACCUGUGAGUACCAUCCCCUGGUUACUAGGCUUCCCACACGUGUCGUUGGCAGUGCCGGCAUGUGGGAAGAGCAUGAGAUUGUGGGUCUUACACGUGUCGUUGGCAGUGCCGGCGUGUGAGACACUUCCCAUACGUGUCGUUGGCAGUGCCGGCGUAUGGGAAGAGUGUGUGUAUUGCUUGAUUCAUCACACAUGUCGUUGGCAGUGCCGGUGUGUGAUGAUGUCGUCUGCGCGCGUAGGACUUAAUAUUGGAUAUGUGAGCUACACGUGUCGUUGGCAGUGCCGGCGUGUGAGCUAUGGAGUUCUAUCCCCCGGUUGGACUACUCAUCCCUGGACGCGGGUUAGCACCUGGAAAUCCUACGUACUACCCAAACAAUCCCCCGGUUGGAUUGUUUUCCCCGGCAGUAGUUGCUUUUGGAAGCUUUCAGGCAGUGUUCGAGGCCAAAUCGUUCCAUCCGUAGUUAUGACUUGUGUAAAUUCCUUCUACUCAGCUGUUGUUGGGAGACUCUGCCAAAUUUUUGGUAGAAAGUCUAGGUUUUUAGUAAGUGGGCCCAGCAUCGGGGAGAUGUCGGCACAAAGACGGGGUCCGCCCCGAUUUCGGGGGAAUUCCGGGGCGGGUCCUGUCAUAUCUAAAGCCGACUGGGAAAGGGGAAACUGGCCAACCACCUAUGCAGUCAAAUCAGGCAGGUGGCUGGGGAAAUCUAGGUCAGAUAACUGUGUACUAAGCACAAGUACACUCGUCGGACAACUAAAUGUGCACUAA